CCCAGUCGAUUUCCAUCAACAAUUUCCCAGCAGUCGCUGUGUGUGUCUCGCGCAGGCAAGACGUGCGUCCGUGUCCUCGCCACCGGCUACUCACAUUCGGCAAUUCGACGCCCGUCGGCACCUGCGGAUCGUGAAAACAUAGUGCCCUUGGACAGUCGCAGAACGUUUCACGGUGCGAACUUCAAAAGUGAACGAACGCUUGCGCCGCUCGGCAACAACCCCGACAACCCUCUCGGGUUGAUCUUAGAAUCGUCCCAACGCGCAGAUUGGCACUUAUUCCUCCCUGCAAACUGCGAAACCCACCGACCUUCACACUAAAACUAGGUUCGUUUUCCUUUCCUGAGAGAGGGGUUACUUCAUUAAAUCACUUCGCUUGAUGAAAGAUUCCUUUGGUGGAGUGAUGAUAAGCAAAGUCGGCGGCUGCCCAGCCUGAUUUUCCCAUAGAUCGCCAGCAAACAACAAACUGGCAGCCCUGGCCACCGUGAUGAACCCGCACUUCCACGCGUACUCGGAGCUGAGUUCGCCGCACUCGCCGCCGCCGGACAACAGCAGCUACCACCAGCAACCCCCUCAGGCGCCGCCGCACCAACACCCGCCCCCGGGGAUGGGCGGGCCCCCGGUGAGCAACGGGGGCGGACCGCCCCACAUGCACCACCACCCGCACGAGGGGGGCAUGCACCCCCACGGGGGGCACACGCUGCACCACGCCCACCCGGGGCCAUACCCGCCGCCCCAACACAUCCUCAACAACAACAACAAUAACAACAACAACAUCAACGCUAACAACAACGUCAACAAUAACGGUCCCAUGGGGGGCAUGGGCAGCCCCACGUCGCAGCACAUGCACCCUGGCGGCCAGGGGGGCGGCGGCCCCCAGAUCAAGGUGUGCGCCGGUUGCGGUGGCAAAAUCCUCGAGCGCUUCCUUCUCUACGCGCUGGACCGCUACUGGCACAACGGCUGCCUCAAGUGCUCCUGUUGCGCGGCGAUGCUCGCAGACAUCGGCUCCUCCUGCUUCACCAAGGCCGGAAUGAUCCUCUGCAAAAACGACUACGUUCGGUUGUUUGGCCCGUCGGCGCCGUGCUCAGGCUGCGGCCAAAACAUCCCAGCGAGCGAGUUUGUGAUGCGUGCCGGCGCCCAAGGUCACGUUUACCACCUGAAAUGCUUCUCGUGCACAAAGUGUGGUUGCCAACUAAUGCCUGGUGAUCGAUUUUGUCUCCUGGCCGGCUCGCCGGUGUGCGAGCAGGACUGGCAUAAGUUAAUCAAAGGUGCAUCGGUCACGGGUCAAGGGCCCCUCACACCAGGCACACCAGGAGGACCAACCGCCGGCGGCCCCCAGACCGGCCCUGUCCGCAAGGGUAAGGUCGGUCGGCCGAGGAGAAGCAGAGACUGAGGGGGUGGUCAGCCGUCGCGACGGGGGCGGCGGCUGGCUGUGAAUUCUGCAGCGCCAGUGACUUCGAUGCCUGGGAGGCCUCAGAUGGAGGGCAGCGAAGACGCGGCAUUGGACUGGGUGACGUCGUGGUGAUUUUCCUGCCACCCGUCGUCACUGAAUUAAUCGAGCUCACAGUGUGUCACGUGCGGACCUGCACUUGUUCCUCUGUGGAAAGUGAACUAACGAACCAAUCAGUGAUUUCCGUAGCUCAAUCAAAUUCAGCCCGCGCCAUUUGUGCAACAAUCAAACUCAACACCCCCGUUCUUACUAUAAAUAGUUUCUACUAGCAUAAACACUACAAGCGAAUUAAGACAAUUGUGUAUGGACGCUUCUUUUCAGAGGAUGUUUGAUAUUACUCAUCAGGACCCCAUCUGUGCGAUUCUGGAAGACCUUUUCUUAAUUGAAAAUCUGUGAUGAUGUGUACAUAGGUGUAUCAUAAUGAUUGAAGACGACGGCAAAUUUUGCAACAAAAAGCAUCAGGUUAACUUAAUUAAUUAAUCAUUCAUUGCCAAAGCAUUGGAAAGAAAAAAAGGUGGGAACAACUUGAAAAAAGCAACAGAAGUUUUAAGAAAAAAAAUUAAAUCAAUUUUGAUUCUUUUGCCGGAGUGAAUGCAUUUUUUGCAGAAGUAUUUUUCAAAGUCAUUUCGAUCGAUGUUGGAUUGUUGUUGCUGUUCAUGACGUUUUUGCCGAUUAUUCAUUUGGAACCCAAAAAUUAUCUUGAGGAGAGCGAUUGUGAGCGAAUUUCUUCCUGCGUUUUUGGUCUGAUUGUUUACACCUAAAUGUUCAAAUUGUUACGCUGGAUCUUCUCUGCGCGUUAAUGAAAUGGAGCGAAUCAUUGCGUGUAAUAUAUUAUAAUUCAUUAUUAUUAUUAUUAAAACUUCUUGAUGGAUUUGGUACAACCUGAUGUCUGUGAUCCUCGACUAUACCUAGGCGAUUGACGGUUUGUUUUAGCAAUAAUUUACACGGACACACAAACACAUACACACGUUUAACUCACAAGUGAAUCAAUCACCCUACUCGAUCACUCACUUCCGAGAGCAAUAUACACGGUUUUAGCUUCAGAGGAGAUCGAAAAAAAGAAAAUUUUACGCAAAAAUUUUAUUGCGCUUGUUUUCAGUUUUUUUUUAUUCAACUUUGUGUUUUACAUCUGGUUAAUUUUCCCGUUUUACAAGAUCUGAUCGUUUUUACCCUUUUUUAGAUCAAAAAAUCAAUUGUUUUUAAAUAUAGUCCUCCUCAUAUUCUUGCCCAUUGUUGACGAACGCACUCGCCGCAGGGUGUUGUUACUUAUUUGGAUGAUGUUGGCGUACAAAUCCCCAAGAACUGUACAUUUUAAACUGCCCCUUCUUCCGUUCUCCGAUCGGAACACACACACCUGCCAAUGUUUGUUGAAUUUUGUUGCAUUAAAAAAAAAAUUAAAAA